GAAUGGAUGAUCUACCCAUUGAAAUAUUUCAAGAAAUUGUGCUGAUUGCAGCUAAAAAUCAACCAACUGCUAUAUCACUGGUGCUAGUUUCCAAAAUGGUCAAUGCCUGGAUCACCCCAGGCCUAUACAAAACGGUUCAUCUCCUAACACGGCUCCAAGUGUCAUUACUGCAACGUACCUUGGCAGGAGAAUCUGGAUCAGCCCUUGCAUCUCAUAUCAAUCAUGUGUACAUGGAUGAUUUUACAGCAGAACUUGGAAGGCUUAUGUCAGCUCUGUGCACAAAUAUUACAAUGGUUGUUGUGCCCCAGAGCACUUUCCAUGAACUGCUGUAUUUCAACCCAAAAUGUGGUGUUCCUUGGCUUACUAUCACUGGUCUCCUCCGGGUAGUCCACGGUUAUAAUUUGCCAGUGAUGAAGACAGUGACUCACCUGCGCUGUACUCGGGAUACUCCAAAUCAACAAUUCUCACCGCAGGUCCAUAAAUUAUCUCUGACGCACUUUUCAUGCUGUUACUGGCCCAUUGAUCACAUUACCAUGCAUCAAUUCUUGCCAUACAAUUUGGCAAAGUUGUUGGAUACAGAAAUCCAAGCUGUGGUAGUUUGUGUUGAUUUAAGGGGCCAGUAUAAAUACACAACUCAGGCCAAGAUUCAGGAGACUUUGGAGAAUCUCAGCCAGUUGGAGAGACAGGACAAACGGGUGUUAGUUGUGAGAUCCAUGGAUCGAGUAGAAGGAAUGGAUGACGAAGAGUUCUGGAGCUAUGUUGAAGCAGCCAUUGCAGAGAAAGAGUAG